CCACGCUGUAGUAGGUAUGGACCCCCGCCGACCUACUCUAUAUAAGGAAGGCAUCCGGAAGGUUAAUCCGGGCCCGGCGUAUAUCAAUAGGUAGGUACUGUACAUGGAACCUACCUAACCACGCCAAUAGACCACUUACACCACCCAUUUACACCUGCCUUCCUACCUUCCUGCCAACGUAUUCAAUGGAUGGCAAUCAACCUCUUUUUGACCUGCCUUACGAGGUCCAGAUUGACGCCGGCGACCUUUUUCACGCUGAAGAUAACUUCACAGUGCCUUCCAGCAGGCAAAGUCCAAGUCCAAGUGCGAGUCCGAAUUUAUACCCCGUCAAUUACUUUCCAACCCCAAAGACCUCCCUGACCGGCGCAAAGAACUGUUUCUUGUCGACAACGCGAUUGAAUUCACCACUGCCGAGUUCAAUAUACUGGCCACAUGUAGAUAACUUUUGGACCAAGCAAGGCAGUACGCGCUGGCUUAAAAACGGGUCAUAUUAUCAACAAUACGCGUGCCUUCUUCACCGUACGAGGGUCACAGCGCCUGAAAACAUGGGCAUGCGCGCUCGUCACCGGACUAUGAGGACGGCGAUUGGGUGCAAGAGGCGGAUCAAGGUCACCCACCACCUUUCCAGACAAAGACCAGGUGGUGAUUGUGGCUACAAACAACUGCCCUCAUAACCACGACUUGGCCCAACUUAACGCUAUUCGCAAAUCCAGUUAUUUGAAGCAGUUAGCCGAGGUUGAGGUGCAGCUUCAAGGCAGCCAAUCCUGGCUU